AGGAGCGAGCGCGCGAGCGAGCGGGGCAUUUCUGCGCAGCUCGAGUGCGCCUGGGAGCCCGCCCGGGCGGCCGCCGGACGCAAGGACCAAGAGACAGACAGUGCCCGGAAGCCGCUUCGCCGCCGCCAGGUGCCUGACUGACAGACGUCUUUGCCCCCAGGGUGCUGGUGUGGACAGAGGAGGGGCGUGCUGGUCACCAUGACAACAGAGACAGGCCCCGAUUCUGAGGUGAAGAAGGUACAGGAGGAGGCCCCACAGCAGCCUGAGGCCGCCGCCUCUGUGACCACCCCUGUGACCCCCGCAGGCCACGGCCACCUGGAGGCCAACUCCAAUGAGAAGCAUCCGCCCCAGCAGGACACUCGGCCUGCUGAACAGAGCCUAGACAUGGAGGAGAAGGACUACAGUGAGGCCGAUGGCCUGUCAGAGAGGACCACGCCCAGCAAGGCCCAGAAAUCACCCCAGAAGAUUGCCAAGAAAUACAAGAGUGCCAUCUGCCGAGUCACUCUGCUUGAUGCCUCCGAGUAUGAGUGUGAGGUGGAGAAACAUGGCCGGGGCCAGGUGCUAUUUGACCUGGUCUGUGAGCACCUCAACCUCCUGGAGAAGGACUACUUUGGCCUGACCUUCUGUGAUGCGGACAGCCAAAAGAACUGGCUGGACCCAUCCAAGGAAAUCAAGAAGCAGAUCCGGAGCAGCCCCUGGAAUUUUGCCUUCACAGUCAAGUUCUACCCCCCUGACCCUGCCCAGCUGACAGAAGACAUCACAAGAUACUACCUGUGCCUGCAGCUGCGGGCAGACAUCAUCACGGGCCGGCUGCCCUGCUCCUUUGUCACGCAUGCCCUGCUGGGCUCCUACGCCGUGCAGGCUGAGCUAGGCGACUAUGACGCUGAGGAGCAUGUCGGCAACUAUGUCAGCGAGCUCCGCUUUGCCCCUAACCAGACCCGGGAGCUGGAGGAGAGGAUCAUGGAGCUACACAAGACAUACAGGGGCAUGACCCCAGGAGAAGCAGAAAUCCACUUCCUUGAGAACGCCAAGAAGCUUUCCAUGUACGGAGUAGAUCUGCACCAUGCCAAGGACUCUGAGGGCAUCGACAUCAUGUUAGGUGUCUGUGCCAAUGGCCUGCUCAUCUACCGGGACCGGCUGAGAAUCAACCGCUUUGCCUGGCCCAAGAUUCUCAAGAUCUCCUACAAGAGGAGUAACUUCUAUAUCAAGAUCCGGCCAGGGGAGUAUGAGCAGUUUGAGAGCACAAUUGGCUUUAAGCUCCCAAACCACCGGUCAGCCAAGAGACUAUGGAAGGUCUGCAUCGAGCAUCACACGUUCUUCCGGCUGGUGUCCCCUGAGCCUCCGCCCAAGGGCUUCCUGGUGAUGGGCUCUAAGUUCCGGUAUAGUGGGAGGACCCAGGCACAGACCCGCCAGGCCAGUGCCCUCAUCGACCGGCCUGCACCCUUCUUUGAGCGCUCCUCCAGCAAACGGUACACCAUGUCCCGCAGCCUUGACGGAGCAGAGUUCUCCCGCCCAGCCUCGGUCAGCGAGAACCACGAUGCAGGGGCUGAUGGUGACAAGCGAGAGGAGGAUGGCGAGUCUGGGGGACGGCGGUCAGAGGCCGAGGAAGGAGAGGUCAGGACCCCCACCAAGAUCAAGGAGCUGAAGUUCUUAGACAAGCCAGAGGACGUCUUGCUGAAGCACCAGGCCAGCAUCAAUGAGCUCAAGAGAACCCUGAAAGAACCUAACAGCAAACUGAUCCACCGGGAUCGAGACUGGGAGCGGGAGCGCAGGCUGCCCUCCUCACCCGCCUCCCCAUCCCCCAAGGGCACCCCUGAGAAAGCCAAUGAGAGAGCAGGGCUGAGGGAGGGCUCGGAGGAGAAAGUCAAACCACCACGUCCCCGGGCCCCAGAGAGUGACACAGGAGAGGAGGACCAGGACCAGGAGAGGGACGCGGUGUUCCUGAAGGACAACCACCUGGCCAUUGAGCGCAAGUGCUCCAGCAUCACGGUCAGCUCCACGUCCAGCCUGGAGGCUGAGGUGGACUUCACGGUUAUUGGCGACUACCACGGCAGCGCCUUUGAAGACUUCUCCCGCAGCCUGCCUGAGCUUGACCGAGACAAAAGCGACUCAGAAACUGAGGGCCUGGUGUUCGCCCGGGAUCUCAGCAAGGGGCCCCCCAGCCAAGAUGAUGAGUCUGGGGGCAUCGAGGACAGCCCGGAUCGAGGGGCCUGCUCCACCCCGGAUAUGCCCCAGUUUGAGCCCGUGAAAACGGAAACCAUGACUGUCAGCAGUCUGGCCAUCAGAAAGAAGAUUGAGCCGGAGGCUGUACUGCAGACCAGAGUCACCACUGUGGACCACACACAGCAGGUUGAUGGGAGUGCCUCGGUGGGGAAGGAGUUCAUAACAACCACUCCCUCCAUCACCACGGAGACCAUAUCAACCACCAUGGAGAACAGUCUCAAGUCCGGGAAGGGGGCAGCUGCCAUGAUCCCAGGCCCACAGACGGUGGCCACGGAAAUCCGUUCUCUUUCUCCGAUCAUCGGGAAAGAUGUCCUCACCAGCACCUACGGCGCCACUGCGGAAACCCUCUCAACCUCCACCACCACCCAUGUUACCAAAACUGUGAAAGGAGGGUUUUCCGAGACGAGGAUUGAGAAGCGAAUCAUCAUUACUGGGGACGAAGAUGUUGAUCAAGACCAGGCCCUGGCUUUGGCCAUCAAGGAGGCCAAACUGCAGCAUCCAGAUAUGCUGGUAACCAAAGCUGUCGUAUACAGAGAAACAGACCCAUCCCCAGAGGAGAGGGACAAGAAGCCACAGGAAUCCUGACCUCUGUGAAGAGAUGCUGGCAUUUCUGGUCCAACCCAAGCCAGAGAACCAUUAAGAAGGGGCCUUCAUUCUGGAUUCUCCAACGCAACACCGACGUCCCAGCUGCGACGUACUGUCACUGAUGAGAGACUGGGAAGGGAAAAGCAUAUAUAUAUAGAUAUAUAUAUAGAUAUAGUUAUAUAUACAGGAAACACCGCGUCCUUGCACUGCUGCUGGGGCUGGCAGAGCAGUCGGCCAACAGCAACAACCAACAUCUGAACACCUACUUUUCCUUUGCAGACAAAUCGAAGAAUUGGUGGGAUUUUUCAGGAAAAAACAAAUUAUAAUAACCAUAAUCCCUCGCUCUCCCCUUUCUCCUGCCAAAUAACAAAAGCAAGCCAGACCACGAUGAUUGUAGAAGUCCCAUACCACCCUGGUUCUGCACGUUACAGUUAGCGGACGAACUUUCCAUUCGCUCUUCUCCAGCAUCUGUUACCCACUUGAAUGCAAAGGAAAACACUCGUGCAGCAAAGCAAGAGAAGUCGCAGCAGCAAGACACGCACAGUCAACCAUUUUCUGAGAAAGAAAGAAAAUUCCCCACUCGUAAAGGAGGAGGAGGAACACUGGAUUAUUAUUUUCUGGGUCUUGACACUGGGCUGCAAAAUCCACCUUCCUUUCUUCCGCCUCCCCUCCCCCUCGACUCUCACAUGUCUUGUUGUCAUUUUCUGUCUCAGUUCCCUCCUCCCCCUCUUUCUCCCCCUCUGUGUCCUGGUCCCACUGAGGGCCACUGCAGAUGACUCUCCUUUGAAACGAGAAAAAGAAAAGAAAGCAGGAACAGAAAACUAAGCCACAGGAAGGGAAGUAGACAUUGUAUGUUUAUGCUUUCUCAUUAUGAAGGUGCAGCUUGUAGGAGAUUUGUACGGAUGUGCUUUUAAGUUAUGUAUAUUGCAUAUAACAGGAAACAAAUAUUAAAAUAAACAGUGCUGGUAAGUAUGAAGCUGACAUUUUAAAAUUAUAAUUAUCUGACUGUGAUUGACGUAUCCCAAGGUUCCUAGAUCUCACUGAACUGGCCUGGCUAAGGAGACCUGGACUCUGGGUGUGGGUUGGCUCACAGUAGAGGCUGACGGGUUCAGUGUAGUAAUUCCGUGUGUGGUGUUUGUAAUUGGUUGAUUGGUGGGGAGGGGUGGGGACCCCAAAUGGAGAGGUGGGGGUUUGGCAAGAAGGAAGCAACACAGAUAGAGUCCCGAACAUGCUGGUCCAAGAUGCCUUCUCCCCCCCGGGCAGUAGCAGCCAGGACCCGGUCUGUGCUCAGGCACAGGGUCCGGACUUAGGACUCUGCUGCUGAGAUUCCCACAGUGGAGGUCCCUGGCUUAGUCCUCCUACCUCCCUAGGGGGCUUGCCUUGGUUUUCAGUCCUCUCUUUCUCUCUUGCUCUGUUUCUUUUUUCCAUGUCUUACCCUUCCCUGACCACAUUGAUAACCAACUCCAUAUCCAAAGGGAGGUGAUGCCCUUGGCCAUGGUAGAAGAUGGUGGCUUUAACCUGGCUGUCUGAAAAUUCCCAGCUCAGUCUUUUCCUCUACCCCUUUCCUUAUUCUGAAUCAUUCUCUUCUUCCUGGGCCAAAGUAGCCAUGACAAAGAGGCCAUGGACACAGAUAGGGCAGACCCUGAUAGAUCAAAACUGCAUUUCCAAAGGUCUCACCUGCCCCGGGACAAGCUGAGGGUGAAAGGUGGUGUUGCUUGAAGCUCCAUCUCUGUAAGACCUUGGUUUUGGAGACCUCUCCUUCAGUUAGCAUCUGAGCUCUGAGCCUGUGCCUUCGGAGUCCCAGAAAUCGCCUCGAGAUCACCGAAGCCCUUGGAAAAGACCCUGUCACAAGCGUGGUAUUGCCCUGUAGCACAUGUGGGCUUCCUCAGACUGGCCUGCCACAAGCUACUUCCCUGAGCUCAGCGAGUGUCCCUUUAUGAGGGAAAAUGUCCCACUGCACUAUAAUUCUCAAUUCCAUCUUACUCCCCAGUCUUGCUUCUAAAGCAGUUGAUAUAUUCAUUCAACAAAUAUUUACUGAGUGCUUACCUGUGCCAGGCACUAUUCUCAGGCUGAAGGAGAAAGUAGGAGGGGAGGGCAGCACCUGGGAGGCCCCCUGAGCCAGCCUUAUAUCUGCAACUAUGGCUGGCCCCUCCGAGAGCAUCUGCCCACUCUCUUCAACCUAUUGGACAUUGCCCAGGGAUGUCCCCCAGAGGCCCAGGCUAGAUACACUCCCUGGGCUUGCUUGUCAGUGACAACAUGCGCCUCAGCUGCUGAGCUGGUGCUGACCUGAGGCAGGGCAAGAAACUAGAAUGGCAUUUGCCUCUCUGGGCAAAUGGGAAGUUCAGCGGGGCUGUCAGAUGGCAGAAUCAGCCACAUCCCCCAUGGAGCAGGCCAGUGGGCCCACUCCAGCUGCCCCUGAGUGCAGCAACAUACUUUCCAGCACCAGGUUCUUUUUACAAUCCUGGUGAAAAAGCCACACAACCUUCUCUCUGCCCUUCUCAACUUGAGAGCUCCCACUCUUUCUGGGUCAAGAGCUGGAACGGCUCCAUCCCCUCUGGGCCAUUUGGAAUUCAGCUCAGGCACCUCAUCUUUGUAAGAACCAGGUGUCCUGUGCACACGGGACACACCUCAGAGGGAGGAUCUUUGCUCUGGGUUUUGCACCUGCCUAUAGACCCUGGGUGUGUGGCUUCAGGGCAGGGAUGAAGUGACCAGGCUUAGCCUGUGGGCCACCAGGGUAUGGGGAGAUCUGCACCCCACAGAUGCUCUGACCUUCCUUCCACAGAGAGGCAGGCAGCACCACCAGGGAGGAGGGGACCUGCAAAGCUAAAAUCUAGGGCACUGUUUCCUCCCCAUCCUCCUCUUUAUAGAGAAUAGAGAUGUUUGUCUUGUCUGUCUUCAACCUACUUUUCCUUUUUUCUUUUUUAUGUUUCUCAUCCUCUCUGUGCUGCCUCUCCACCCAGGGGGCCAUGUAGCAGAGUGGGGAAAGUCCCAGAGGGACCAUCCUGGCUCAGCCCCUAACUCACCAUGUGACAUUAGGCUAGUCCCAUCCCCCCUUUUGGGCCUCUGUUUCCCCACUUGCAAAAUGAGCAGGGUAAACCAGAUGCUCCAGGGCCUUUUUCUACUCUGCCAUCCUACAGAUCUUCAUUUUCUUUUAUUUUGCUUUCUCUGGAUCUUUUCCAUCUGAGGGUACAGGAAGUGCCAGGACCUGUUUCAGUUUUUGAAUCCUGCAAGCACAUUCCAAGACUGGCCUGAAAUUGCAUGAGCAACAUCACUCUGAGUAAUUUUUUUUCAAAAGCACCUUACCAACCAAUUGCGAUGCUGUCCUGUUCCUUUUUACUCACACCCCUCUCUCCUCUCUUGUCCCCAUGCUCCCCCACCUCAGUGCUCUGUGCUGUAUGCGUGUGCUCUCUGUUCUUGUAUACUCAAUAAAAGUGAAAUAAAUGUGUUUGAUGCUGAACCACA